AUGAUUAUUGUAUCUUAUUGCUGUUUUGUGCGUGCAAUUGUAUUGGAAAGUGGAUUGUGGGGUAGGCAAUGCAAGUCUUCAACAGUAGCAAAGGAGAACUGCGCUUUAAAAUGCCUUUCACCGGCUUGUUAUGAGCUCAUUUACGAGAAUGAUCCGUUGGAAGAAGGAGAGAAAGAUUAUACAAGGAGUCAAGAGUACAAGUACUGUAUGCACAGGGAUGGAUAUGUUGUUUCUCUCGAAGUACAGUGGCUGUAG